AUGGACAUGCCAGAAAAAAUUAAAUCAUAUAAGGUUACUUUUGAUGGAAAUACAGCAGUUGGAAAAACACAUUUAUUCAAUAGGUUUUGGUUGUAUUUUAUAAAAUUAAAGACUUUAAACCAACCAAGUAUUGGUAUUGAGUAUGAUUAAAAAAAAUACUAAGUAUCAAAUAAUUAGACAGUAAAUCUACUUUAUUGGGAUACAACUGGGUAGGAAAGAUAUAGGUAGGUUGUAUUAGAUCAUCAAUAAAAAGCAAAAGGGGUUUAUUUAGUUUAUGAUAUCACAAAAAGUCAACUUUUGAUGAAUUAGAAAAUUGGCAGACAAUGUUGUUUUUAUCAUGUUAAUUGGUAAUAAAUUGACAAGGUGGCUGACAAUAAUAAAUCAAGAGAAGUUUCAUUAGAAAAAGCAUAAAAAUUUGCUGAAAUGCAUAAAUUAAUAUUCAUGGAAGUUAGUGUAUACUCAGAUGAGGAUAUUGAAAAAUGUUAAACAAGGAUGGUUGAAGGUAAUACUUGCAUUAUAAUCUAGAAAUUUAUUAUACCAUAUUAACAGAUUCAAAAUUAUUUUCUAAUUUAAUUUUUUAAUAUGUUCACAUAGAAUCAAAUUCUAUUAAAUUGUAAAUUAACUAAAUACAUCUAAAUAUUGAAUUUUGAUUCAAGGUUGUAGUAUAAAUAAAUAUAGUGA